CGACACCCCCCCCCCCCCACAAAAAAGCAUCCAUAUCUCUUCUAAACUGUUCUACAACAUAUUCCCAAGUCCUGACUUGUUCUCAAACAUACUUCACAAUGCCUUUGGAAAACCGCCAACUCAUCUACACCAACCCCCCGAAAGCCGCAAUCGACCCCUCGCUAACCGGCAACGGCACCUUCACCCUCAAAACCCAGACCCUCGCCGACGAUGUUCCCUUGAAGGACAACCAAGUGCUGGUGCGCAUCCACUACCUGGCCCUGGAGCCGGCCAUGCGCCAAUGGCUCACAGCCAAGCGGUCGUACAUUGCGCCCGUGGAGGUGGGCAGCGUGAUGCGCGGCCAGAGCAUCGCCCAGAUCCUGCGGGUCAGCCCGGCGCUGGCCGGCACCUUCCAGGUCGGCGAGUGGGUGGCCGCGCACUCAGGCUGGCAGGAGUACGCCAUCCUCCCGGACAAGGCGAUUCAGAAGAUCACCAUUUCGCCAGGGUGCCAGCCCACUGACGCCUUGUCCGUGCUGGGGAUGACGGGGUUGACGGCGUACUUCGGCAUGACCGAGGUCGGCCAGCCGCGGCCGGGGGACACGGUGGUCGUGUCCGGGGCCGCGGGCGCUACGGGCAUGGUGGCGGGCCAGAUCGCGCGCAUCAAGGGUGCAAAGCGGGUGAUCGGCAUCGCUGGCAGUGCGGACAAAUGUCGCUUCCUGCGCGAGGAGCUGGGCUUCGACGCGGCCAUCAACUACCGCGACCCGGACUGGCGCAAGCAGCUGAAGGAGGCGACCCCGGACUACAUCGAUGUCUUCUACGACAACGUCGGCGGCGAGAUCCUGGAUGCCUGCUUGUUCCGGGCCGCCAAGGGGGCGCGGUUUGUGAUCUGUGGGGCGAUCAGUCAGUAUAAUGUGGAGAAGCCCGAGGGACCGAGGAAUUACUUGAUGGUUAUUUCGCAACGGAUCACGAUGCGUGGGUUUAUCGUGUUUGACUACGAGGACAAGUAUCCGGCUGCGCUGAAGGAGUUGGGUUCGUGGUUGAGUCAGGGGAAGAUUAAACGGAAGGAGCACGUUGUAAAGGGCGGGUUGGAGACGACCCCUCGAGAGUUGGUCAAUCUGUUCAAGGGGGUGAAUACCGGCAAGAUGAUGGUGGAGGUAGUGCCAGAGAGCGAGGCCAUCAUCAAAGUAGACAAAGCUAAGCUGUAGCUUGACGAGUACUAUACGAAUCCACGAGCGCAAGAAACCCCUGACCCUCAGGGCGCUUUCG